AUGCUACAUAAUGUCUGGUGUUUUCUUAGUUUUAUAUUCAGUUUUACAAAUCACCCAAGACUGGGAGAGCAGAAAUAUGAAAGACAUCUCGAUCACCUUAUACGUUUGCUUUUACUUUUUUUUUUCUUAUCUGUGCCAUCAUUCACACAUUCAGUACACUCAGCAACAUUCAAAGUAGGGGUGAUAGGAGCUUGGACUUGUGAUCCUAUCUUUGCGAAAGCCUUGCCAGAUUUAGCUGCCACAUUAGCAGUGCAGCGUAUUAACAAGGACUCAUCUUUAGAUUUGGGUUACUGGUUGGAUUAUGUUACCCUAAAUGAGAACUGUGAAACUUCCAAAGCUUUGGCUGACUUCCUUACAUACUCAAAGACAGCCGCAGGUUUUGUGGGCCCCACUAAUCCUGGGUACUGUGCUCCUGCAUCGCUCCUAGCCAAAAACUGGAACAAGCCUUUGUAUUCCUGGGCAUGUAUCAAUUAUGAACUAGAUGAUGUGAAGAGCUAUCCAACAUUUGCAAGGACACUGCCAUCACCUUCCAGAGUUCUCUUUAAUGUGAUGAAAUAUUUUCGCUGGGCACAUGUUGGCAUCAUCUCCACUGAUGAGGACAUCUGGGUAGACACAGCCAGCAAAAUAGCCAAUGCACUGAGGAGUAAAGGGCUACCAGUUGGAAUUGUUACUUCAAUGGGUGCACAGACUGCAAGUAUCAGAGAAGCAUUAGAAAAGAUUCACAAGGUGGACCGUCUUCGCAUGAUAAUCAUGUGUAUGCAUUCAGUCCUUAUUGGGGGUCAGGAACAGAAACAUCUCCUGGAAGUGGCACAUGACUUGAAGAUGACUGAUGGAUCUUACGUCUUUGUCCCAUACGAUACCCUCCUAUACAGUUUACCAUUUGAAGAAACCACAUAUGAAAUCUUAAGCAGCAACUCCAAACUGCAAGCAGCUUAUGAUGCAGUACUUACAAUUACCAUGGAAUCUGGGAACAUGUCCUUCCACCAGGCCUUCAGAGAUGCAGUCAACAAAAGAGAGAUUUCAACAAAACUGAAAGCUGAACAGGUAUCACCACUAUUUGGUACAAUAUACAACUCCAUUUACUUCAUUGCUCAUGCCAUGAACAAUAACAGAAAAAGUGGGUCAUGGGUGUCUGGUCGAAACUUAGUACGUUUUUCAAAAAACAUGGAGUUUGAUGGAUUUAACCAAAAGAUACGAACAGACUUCAGUGGGAAUGGAUAUACAAACUAUGUAAUUCUGGAUACUGACAGGAAAGGGAAGGAACUUCACCGUACUUACAUGGUUGAUAUGGAAGCUGAUAUGGUCAGAUUUAUGGGAAGACCUAUUCAUUUUCCCAGGGGUGUAUCACCGAAGCCUGAUUCAGAUUGCUGGUUUUCUCGUGGAAAAAUCUGUACUGGAGGCAUUGAUCCUGGAUUUGCAUUGCUGGUCUCCUUAUCUGUCUUUGUGUCAAUUCUUGUCAUUAUUGGACUGACUUACUUGAUAAGGAGACGAAUAAAUCAAAUCAAGCUUGUUACGGGCCCAAAUAAAAUUUUACUUACGCUAGAUGAUGUUACUUUUAUAAACCCUGAGCUCAGUCAAAGGAAAAUGAAUUCUGAUGGCAGCAGAACUAGUGAUGGUGGUCCAAGCAACUCAGAUACGAGGAGCAUAAAAUCUAGACUUAGGUCAUAUUCCAUGCGAAGUCUAACUCCUGCCACAUAUGAAAAUUCUAAUGUGGCUAUUUAUGAGGGAGACUGGAUCUGGAUGAAGAAGUUCCCUUGUGGGGAUUUUGGAGACAUUAAACCAAGCACAAGUGAUGUAUUUGAAAUGAUGAAAGAUAUGCGACAUGAGAAUGUAAACCCCUUUUUGGGCUUCUUCCAUGAUUGCGGAGUGUUUGCCAUUGUUACAGAAUUCUGCUCAAGAGGCAGCCUGGAGGACCUACUCAGAAAUGAGGAUGUCAAAUUAGACUGGAUGUUUAAAUCUUCUCUUAUACUAGAUCUCAUUAAGGGUAUGAAAUACUUACAUCAUCGUGGAUUUGUACAUGGCAGACUGAAGUCUGGUAAUUGUGUGGUUGAUGGACGCUUUGUGUUAAAAGUGACAGACUAUGGAUACAGUAAGGUGCUGGAGACCCAGAAAAUCCCUUAUAAGGAACCACCACCAGAUGAGCUUAUAUGGACAGCACCAGAGAUACUGCGAGAACCUCGAGUAGGUCUACAUGGCACUUUUAAGGGAGAUGUUUUCAGUUUCUCCAUAAUUAUGCAGGAAGUUGUGGUCAGAGGGCCGCCAUACUGUAUGCUGGACCAGCCUACAGCAGAAAUAAUUCAGAAAUUAAAGAAACCUCCCCCGAUGUGCAGACCGGUGGUAUGCCCUGACCAUGCUCCUUUGGAAUGCAUUCAGUUAAUGAAGCAGUGCUGGAAUGAAGUGGAAGAGAGACGGCCAUCAUUUGAUGAAAUAUUUGACCAAUUCAAAAACAUCAAUAAAGGCAAGAAGACAAACAUAAUUGAUUCUAUGCUUCGGAUGCUGGAACAAUACUCCAGUAAUUUGGAAGAUCUGAUAAGAGAGAGAACAGAAGAACUGGAAAUAGAAAAGCAGAAAACAGAAAAACUCCUGACCCAGAUGCUGCCUCUAUCUGUAGCAGAGGCAUUGAAGACAGGCUGUACAGUUGAACCAGAGAGUUUUGACCAAGUCACUCUGUACUUCAGUGACAUUGUGGGCUUCACUUCGAUAUCUGCCAUGAGUGAACCAAUAGAAGUAGUGGACCUUCUGAAUGAUCUUUACACCUUGUUUGAUGCAGUUAUUGGCAACCAUGAUGUAUACAAGGUGGAGACUAUAGGGGAUGCAUACAUGGUUGCUUCUGGACUACCAAAGAGGAAUGGAAACAGGCAUGCUGCUGAGAUUGCUAACAUGGCCCUUGAUAUCCUCAGCUCAGUAGGCUCCUUCAAAAUGAGACACAUGCCCGACAUUCCAGUCAGAAUCCGGAUAGGCCUGCAUUCAGGCUCUGUAGUAGCAGGGGUAGUUGGUUUAACAAUGCCAAGAUAUUGCCUAUUCGGUGAUACAGUAAACACAGCUUCUCGGAUGGAGUCUACUGGUCAACCAUAUCGUAUUCAUGUCAAUCACAGUACUGUUAAAAUACUUAAAGGUUUAAAUGAAGGCUACAAGCUAGAGGUUAGAGGAAAAACUGAACUUAAGGGUAAAGGAGUUGAAGAGACAUACUGGCUGGUUGGAAAAGAAGGUUUUAUGAAACCACUUCCCAUACCACCAGAGAUCAAGUCAGGGCAAAUGGCUCAUGGUUUGCAGCCAGAAGAGAUAGCCGCUUUCAAAAGAAGAAAAGCAGAAAAACAGCUUUCAAAGAAGAAAUGA